AGGAAACCAGGCAUCCAGAGCAGGCAGGUAGGAAGUUGGGCGUGAUAAUUUCCGCUUCCAGUGGGUAGGAAUGUAAACACGGGGCCUUGGGAGGCAUUAUCAGGUAACUGGGGCUGCCCGGUCGGCGGUGGAAGCUGAGGAAGUGGAGGAAAACGAGGCGAGUGGGUGCCGCGGUUAGGGGAGAAAGGACCUUCGGAAAUAGGAGUUGAAACCCGACAGGAUCCGGCAGAGCCUGGACACUAGGAAUGGCUUCCUUUGGGUGGAAGAGGAAAAUUGGCGAGAAGGUCUCAAAGGUCACUUCCCAGCAGUUUGAAGCUGAAGCUGCUGAUGAGAAGGAUGUAGUCAACAACGAUGAAGGAAACUGGCUUCAUGCCAUUAAACGUAGGAAAGAAAUUCUUGAAGGUUGUGCUGAGAAAAGUAAACAGCUGAAGGAUGAAGGAGCCAGUUUGGCUGAAAAUAAAAGAUAUCGAGAGGCAAUUCAGAAGUGGGAUGAAGCACUACAGUUAACUCCAAAUGAUGCUACACUAUACGAGAUGAAAUCACAGGUGCUAAUGUCUCUUCAUGAGAUGUUCCCAGCAGUACAUGCAGCAGAAAUGGCCGUCCAGCGAAAUCCACAUUCAUGGGAGUCUUGGCAAACUUUGGGACGUGCUCAACUUGGAUUAGGAGAGAUAAUCCUGGCAAUUCGAAGUUUUCAAGUAGCCCUUCAUAUCUAUCCAAUGAACCCUGAAAUAUGGAAGGAAGACCUCUCUUGGGCAAGAACGCUCCAGGAGCAGCAGAAGGUAGCGCAGAGGAUUAAAAAAAGUGAAGCACCAGCUGAAGUAACACACUUUUUACCAAAGUCAAUUCCAGACUAUGAUUUUGAAAGUGAUGAGAUUGUUGCUGUUUGUGCAGCUAUUGCUGAGAAAGAGAAGACAGUUUCAGCAAAUAAAACAAUGGUCAUUGUGUCUGCCUCUGGGGCUGUAGAGACUGUAACUGAAAAGGAAGAUGGUGCUACACCACCAGAUGGCUCUGUUUUUAUCAAAGCCCGAUGAAGCAGUAUGCAUAGGAUUAUUUGAAUCUGUCUUUUUGAUUGCCACUUGAAGUUUUGACAUAGAGACACAUACUCUGGCGAUAGAUAGCAGAACUCCUGGUUGUAAAAUAAGUUUUUCAGAUGAGGCAUAUAAAAACUAAAAAGGCAGGAUUCUUGUAUAGUGUUUGCAGUAUGCUUUAAUAAGUUAUGAUUUAUAUUUCUCAAGGUUAAAAUUCUGAGUAAAAUGUUUUUGUGAUUAUUAAACUUAGUUUAAUCUGAAUAUGUAAAUGAAUACAUUUCAAAGACAACUUGAAAAGUGUAUUCUUGAAUAGUGAAUAACUUGGCCAAUGAUACUGAAAUGCUGUUUCAACUUUUAUUUUAUGAUAGUGGGAUUUCCCUCCCUCAGAGAAAUAUACUGCUCUUACUAUUUACGCUCUUUUCCUUGCUUCAUUGGAGUAACUCUGUCAGAAAGCUUGAGUAUUUUUGACAUUCAUUUUGAUUCAAAGUUGUCAUUUGGUUAUAUGUGGAAUCUUUGAAAGUUUGGCUGAAAAUGCACGCAAAUAUGUACAUUCUGAACAUUUUCUGAAGUUUCUCUUAAUCCUGAUUUGUGUUUUUGUUUUGACUUUGAAGUAUAUCAAUGAUAGUUGUCUCCUUCAGUACUUGUUAGAAGUGUGAAGUAUUGAUAAAUAUGAGAAUGAUGGUUUUAUUUUUUAAUUGUUACAGUAAGUAAUCCUUACCACAAAUGAGUCAUUUUUAAAAUACGUAUUUUUAAAUGAAUGGCUUUUACAGAUAGGUUAAUACAACUGUACUGCUAUAUUAUCUCAGUCAAAACCAACACUUUAUUUUCUUUAUUUUACAAAGCUUUAAAAACCCUGGAAACAACUUAUUUCUUGCUUGUAUGUUUCCAUCUGGUGAUUGGGAAUUACUUUUCUAGGUAACUUUUUUUGAAACUACUCAGUGACAUAAAAAAUAAUUAUAAUUUAAAAUAGCCAAUUAUAUCUUUCUAAAAAUAAAAAAUUAGAGUCGUUAUUAGCAUGCCAGUGAGUAAAUAAGCACAAAAUACAUAGAAAAUGUAAUGUGAUUUAUAGUACAGUCUCAUGAGUAUGAGAAACCUAUAUGAAAGAAGUAUUUUAUUGAAAGACCACAAUCACAUUCACAAGCCAAUACUGUCAUUGCUAAUCUGAACUAUUAUUUUUAUACUAUAUAUUGUAGUACAAUAAUAUAGACCUGUUGGGUUCUGUUACUUCUGACACUCAGGAAGAUAUUAUUGGUGUAAAAUUAAUUUUAUCUUUGUUAGGAAUGAAAGUAGCCCACUUUGUGUUAAACAUCUUACUACUACUGGAGCAUGUAAGUAAUGAUCUACAUUUUUUAUGAAGAUAGUUUUUAAAACUUUUGUUUUAUUGGAAUGCAUAUCUCUUUUCUGGGUUGGGAGAAAUUAGCACUUGCCUUGAAAAUAAUAUUCUUUCCCUAAGUUAUAUCAUCAGAAAGUUAGCUCUGGUUAGAGAGGUUAGUUUCAGAGCGCUCAAAAAAAUACAUUAAUUAUGUAUUUUUUGAGAAUAAAGAACAUUCUUGAAAAGUAAAUAUGUUUCUAGAGAAGUGAGUACUCAACAUUUGGUAUAUUGUUUUGAGUAAUGGAUGUUUGUUUACUGUGUAAUUUGUGAAUAAAUAUUUUCUUCUGCAUUUUGAAGAUUUUUUCCUAUUAUUUUGUAUUGUUAGCUUUUGAAAAAUUAGAUUGAUCUCCUUAAUAUCUUUCUUAUAUGAACACAAUAUAUUUAAAGUACCUUGCAUGGUGCCCUGCACAUGAAGUAAUACUAGCUAUUUCAGUAAAUGUCUAUGAAGAACUUGAAUUAGUUUGGUUAUAUUUAGUCUCAAUUUCCUCUGAUUUUAAAAAAAGGAGAACUUUUUUUGUAAUCCUUUUCUUAUCUGAAAGUAACAAGUCACUGCUUCCAGUAUUAUAGGAGAGACAGUGGGAUUUUUUUUUUUUUUUGAGACGGAGUUUCGCGCUUGUUACCCAGGCUGGAGUGCAAUGGCACGAUCUCGGCUCACGGCAACCUCCGCCUCUUGGGUUCAGGCAAUUCUCCUGCCUCAGCCUCCUGAGUAGCUGGGAUUACAGGCAUGCGCCACCAUGCCCAGCUAACUUUUUGUAUAUUUUUUAGUAGAGACGGGGUUUCACCAUGUUGACCAGGAUGGUCUCAAUCUCUUGACCUUGUGAUCCACCCGCCUCAGCCUCCCAAAGUGCUGGGAUUACAGGCUUGAGCACACGGUGGUGCCUGGUCGGGAUUUUUUUCUUGAAAGGGUCUGUAGCUUAAGCUCAAAAGAGGCAAGACUCAGGAUGGAAUGCAUGUGGCCAUUAGGCCCUAUUAAAGAACUUAGUAUUUCCUCUGUAUUGGCAUAGUAAGCCAAGUUAGUGUCUUUCUUAUCCAGAUGUAAGACUGUAAGAUAUAAAAUAGUUUAGACAUAAGAUAGAGGAGAAAAAGGGACAGUGAGUUAUGGAGAAGGAAGGCAGCUAAUUUCUGCAGGCCCCCCAAAAUGCUUAUUUUAGCUCAUACUCUUCUAUGCAUGAAGAGAAAAAUGCGCCCGUGAUUUUACAAGUAUGUGAAUAAUGAUAUACAAACAUUGACUAAGUUUGUUAAUUUUAAUAACAAAUCUUUAUGAAUCUGAAGAGAAAUAAUUGAUGUUCAGGAUAGUGAUAUAGAUGUUUAAUAUACUUUCUGAAAUAACACUGUUUAGUGUUCAAGUUCUAUUGAAUAUAAUUUAUAUUAUUCUUGUUUGCAAAUUGUAUGGCAUAGACACACAUUAGUCAGAACACUACACAUCCAGACCAUGCCUGAUAACCCAAGAAUCAUAUAUCCUUCUCUGGAAAAUAGGCUCUUUGGUUAUAGAGUAUUUAUAUUAAAUAUAUUAACAGCCACUAAAUAAACAUUGAAAAGUCAUCCAAGUUAUAGAUCACAUUGAAAAGCCAUGCAAGUUAUAGAUCACAGAAGCUGGGGCCUACAUACAAAUUUUUUUUUAGAUGGAGUCUUACUCUGUUGCUCAGGCUGGAGUGCAGUGGCGUGAUCUCUGUUCAAUGCAACCUCUGCCUCCUGGGUUCAAGCAAUUCUCUGCCUCAGCCUCCUGAGUAGCUGGGAUUAUAGGUGCCCACCACUACGCCUGGCUAAUUUUUUGUAUUUUUAGUAGAGAUGGGGUUUCACCAUCUUGGUCAGGCUGGUCUUGAGCUCCUGACCUUGUGAUCCACUUGUUUUGGCCUCCCAAAGUGCUGGGAUUAUAGGUGUGAGCCACUGCGCGUGAGCCACUGCGCCUGGGCCCUAUAUACAAAAUUUUAUGGCAGUGAUUUCAGUAUGACAAUCUUUUGAAUUGAUGCUGUAUGGUAAAACUAUAAUGAAGAUUUUUAAAAGCUCUGUCUCAGAAAUGAAGAGUUUUUAUGAUUAUAACUGAACACCAUAGCCCUUUUAGUUAUUUCAAAAUUACAUAAUGAUUCAAAAGCUUGUUUCACUGCCUUUCCCAGCACUAAGAAAAUGAACAAUUAUUUCUUUUAAUUUCCUUGAGUCAGAAGCCCUCCUAAACUGACUCUGCACCAGCCAUUCUGACAUAUGAUUUCAUGAUACAUGUAUUAAUAUCUAAAUGAGUUGGGAGUUGACAUAAAAACCAUAGUUCCAUAGUAAUUAUCUUCAAAUCAAUGGAUAUCUUAAAUAUGUUUUUUUGUUCCUUAGAGGUUAUUAAACUGAUGUAUUUUAUAACAAAGACUUUUGAGACUGAGAAAGUUUUUUUUAACCAAUAAGAUAUAGAAAUAUAUAAAUUACAUAAAGUAAAUGAAAUAAAGGAGUUUAUCUCUAGAUUCAUUUAUCUUAGUCACUUGCAAUUAAAUAUAGUUACUUUGGAAGAGGAAACAUGGCCCUAAAGCUAGUGUAGCAUGAAUCAUGCCCUAAUAGGCAUUAUAUAUGAAGUUCACCUUACUAUGUGCCAAUGUGGAAGAACAUUUGAGAAAUGCUGAUCUACACUUUGGUGAGAAAGCAGGGGGUGAGGAUGGUGUCCUCUCACAGUGCUUCUUAGGCUAUCCAUUUACCAAGGAAUUGUGAUCUCUUCCUCUCACUUCCCCAGGAAAGGAGGCAGUUUAAGAUACAGAACUGGUCAUGCUAGCCUCUUUCCCUUUUUGUGGAUUUGUCAUGCCUGCAGAGAACCUAUGUUUUGGUCUCUUGCCACUCACAUUGUGAACCUUGCAGUGAAGGUUCUUUGCCUCUGCAAAGGGAGACCUGUGCUUGUGCAGAACUGCCCAUGCCUUAGUGAGCAGGUCUGUCUAAUUGUAGGUUCAAUAUCCAGUGGCUAUUGUUGGCAUAAACUUAAAGUAUAUCCUCUAACCUAGCCUUUUUCAGCAAUAAACCCAAUAUAUUGAAUCUCCAUUUGUCUUUCUCUCAAGUGGUUCAAAGUCAGGAGAGGACAGGAACAUUAUUUUAUGUCUCCCUUAAACCUUAACAAAGACAAGUGCAGAUUAUAUUUCAAAGUAAGCAUGAGGUACAUUAAAAAUCAAAUAUGGAAAUUCUAUCCUAAUUUUCAAUUUUUUUAAACAAUGGAAAUUCUAUUGAAAUUGAGUAGUGUCAACUACAAGGCAACCAGUAAACAUUUUUUCAGGAUAUUUGAAAGGUCUGCUGACUUGGAAUUGUGACAGACCACAUUGUUGACUCUACAUUGAAUUGGAAGGGAAGAAUGUGAAAUGAAUUAGGAUAUGCUCUGUUUAUUAACUUUCUUAAAUAAGUAUAAUUUAGAAAUAAUAAAAUGAAAAUAUUUUAAGAUUGUAUUUUGGAGAGUUUUGACAAGUGUGAACACCCACUUCACUACCACUACCAUUCUAAUGUAGUGUAUGUCCACCACCCAAAAAGUUCUCUAAAGCCCUUUUGCAGUUCUCUGAAGUCCCUUCCACCCAACAGCCAUCCCUAGUCAACUACUUACCUGCUUCUGCGAUUAUACAUUAGAUUUGACUUCAGAAUUCUAGAAUUUGAAAUAAAUAGGCUGUAUAAUAUGCACUCUUUUUGUGUCUGGCUUUUUUUCCCCAGUAUAAUAAUGCUUUUGAAACCUAUCCAUGUUGAGAUUAAUCCAUGUUAUUGUGUGUAUAAGUAUUAAGUUCCUUUUUAUUGCUGAAUAGUAUUCUAGUAUAUGGAUAUACCACAAUUUGUUUAGCUGUUCACCUAUUGAUGGAUGUUUAGGUUGUUUCAAGUUUUGACCUAUUAUGAAUAAAGCUGUUAUGUAUAUAAAUCAUA